AUGCCACCUAAGAAGGACGACCACAUGGAAAUUGACUCCGAUUCCGACAUCUCAAUCGACUUGGAGCAUACCUCGAAAAGCAAGGGCAAGAGUAAAGCAAGCAAAAGCAGCGAGAAGCGCAAGGCGGACAAGGGAAAGAGCAAGGCAAAGGAUACUCAAGCAUAUACAUGGGAGGCGUCGUUUGCACGUUCUUGGGAGACAGUGCAGGAAGAUGAAGCCGGGAGUCUCCAAACGUCUGUUGAAGAUCUCAUGGCAAGAGGCAGGCGAAGGAGGUUGUUAGCCCCCGCCUCUGCGAUACGACGAACAAUUAUUCGACAUCUCGUCCUCAUUCUUGACCUCUCCGCCUCUAUGACGGACAGGGAUAUGCGUCCGACUCGCUUUGAUCUGAUGUUGCAAUAUGCCCGUGAAUUUAUAACGGAAUGGUUUGACCAGAACCCAUUGGGACAAAUCGGAGUGGUGGGCAUGCGAGCAGGCCUUGGAGAGCGUGUAGGGGAGAUGUCUGGAAACCCUCAGGAAGUGCUAAAGUCGAUUGCUGACCGACAUAAAUUAGAACCAACUGGCGAACCAAGUCUGCAAAACGCCAUAGAAAUGGCGCGAAGUAGCAUGAGCCACCUACCCACUCAUUCUUCCAGGGAAAUCCUCAUCAUAUAUGGAUCCCUUACGACGUGCGAUCCAGGCAACAUUCAUGAAACAUUGUCAUCAUGCGUGUCUAGCAAAAUACGCAUAUCAGUCGUAGCAUUGGCUGCCGAAAUGAAAAUAUGCCGCGAGAUGUGCGAUAAAACAGGCGGUCAGUUUGGUGUGGCCAUGAAUGAAGGGCAUUUCAAAGACCUUUUAUUUGAGCUUGUCCCACCUCCUGCACAGAGGGCAGUUACUCGCACAAACGGAGGUGGCUCCAACAAUCCUGCAGCCGACCUCAUGAUGAUGGGUUUCCCUACUAGACUGCCCGACGCCUCGCCCCCUAGCCUAUGUGUUUGUCAUUCCGAGAUGAAGAGCCAAGGUUUCCUGUGUCCGCGUUGCUUGUCCAAAGUCUGCGACGUGCCUACAGACUGCGACAUCUGCGGUCUGAUGAUUGUCAGCUCCCCUCAUCUGGCUCGCAGCUACCAUCACCUGUUCCCCGUGAAGCCUUACGAUGCAGUGUGGGUCCUUUUCUGCUUGUUUCGAGAGUGUGCAUUGCUUACAGGAUUGUAG